AUGGGGCGCAGUGGAAAAGCGGUAGAAGCAGAACCCCCCAAGCGGCAAGAAGCCCUGGCCGCCGACGGCGGAAAGGAGGAAACUAGCACAGGUCAGGAGCGUCCCGCAGCGCCUACGUUACCCUUCCCGAUUCUGCCGAUGGUGCGAAGAAGCUGCAGCCCCCUUCCAAAUCAAAUCAGCGAGAACUCCACUAGUCCAGCAAAACUGUGA